GGGGAUGUCUAAGGACUCGGUUGUUUGUUGUUGAGAAUGUUUUAGUGACGACGCGCGACGGACAAUGCAUUUCGAAGUACGACGCCUCCAGCUGUCGGGUUGGACUUGUACCUCGGCAUCUUUGACCUCUGUCCUUUACCGUAAUGUGUCUAGCUCUGGAGUCGUCUAUGAAACGGGUUUGAGGUGGGGUAGUGCAGGAGCAUCAGACUGCCGGUUGCUUGCGCUAAGCCUCGCCGUGGAGAACAUCGGUACGUACUGAGAAACUAAGCUGUUGCAUAGCACUCGCGCUUUUGUCGCAC